CAACAGUACAAGAAGACGUGAAGAGACAUGGCUUCAACUACAUUUGUCGAAAAAAAGAAGCAGUUUCCUACGGCGAAUUUCUACUUUUUACCUAAAUAUUAAUCCAUUGUUACAGUUACUUGGUUAAAUGGAUAGAGUAUUGGGUCUUUGGUGCAUUGUAUGGGUUAUAAUAAGAUGUUGUGGUCGGACACACGAAGCACAAUUUUAUCAAGGGUGUAUCAAUGCCACUGAUUCAUGGAAGGUGUUUAACAUUAAUAAUGAGUCUCUUCUUGAGCCAUUCAGCUGUGUGGGAUUAUGUAGCAAGGAAAGAUAUGUAUUUGCAGCAGUGCAGAAUGGGAGUUUUUGCUUCUGUAAUUCCACUAUUGACCACUGGAUAAAUGAAACAGAAUGCAAUAUCAGGUGUGUAAGUAGUCCAGAUCUUCGUUGUGGUGGUAUGCACUCUCAAAGUGUCUACUCCACUGCCAUUCCAUUCAUAGUUUCAGCAUCAUUAACUCCAACUUCAAAAACUGUGCAAGUUAAUACUACUUUGAGUUUCAAAUACUCUGUGCUGAUAAGAAGACCUGCCAACGAAGUAAUGGGAUUGGACUCUCUUCAAAGCAACAAUAAAUCCUUAAACAACAUUUACAUUAAUUGGGAAAUCAAUAACAGUUCUUUAAACUUUAGCACUCAUUUACUCAAUGGAAAUACAACUAUUUCCUCACUAAACAUUUCACUGCGGAGACCUGGAAACUUUAAGAUUUGUGCCAGUGCCAAAAAUUUGGUGUCUCAAGUAAAGAAGUGUCAUGUUUUGGACAUCUUGCUUCCAUUGUCAGGGUUACACAUAGUAGAUAUUAACCCCAAAACACAAAUGUCUGUGCAAGGACAUCAGAAUGUAUCCUUGAUAUCUACUAAGAAACCACUUUAUAUUAAAGCUGCAGUCAGUGAAGGAUCAAAUGUUACAUUUGCGGUCUCAUUUGGAGAAAAUACCAGCUUUGCUGUGAAUUUGACAUCAACCAGGCUCUACGAUUCACUUUCUAUGGGUCCAACUUGUGUGACAAUCUGGCAUGCAUACAGUUAUUGUGGGACCUAUUCCAUCAGUGUAUCAGCAUUUAAUGCAUUCUCUAAUCAAAGUCUGCCUGCCAUACCUGUUGUUGUCCAGGAAAUGAUAAAAGUUAUCUUGAUUGAUCCUGCUAGUGGCCUUCCUGGCACUUCAGUAGAACUAGUAGUUAAACCUAUUGGUGGUUGUCAAUUGACUUAUAACUGGACUUUUGAUGAUGGAAGUCCUUCGGUUACCACUCAAGUGCCAAAGGUGUCACACAUUUUCAAUGCAACAAAGAAAUACAAGUUUAAAGUCAGAAUAUACAACAGUAUUGGGAGUCUUGAAGAGUCAGGUUUUGCAUACAUCCAAUCAAACUUAACUAAUGUAACCAUAUCAAUUGAUAGUCCCUUGUCAUCCCACAAGAACAUCUAUAGUACUUUCACAACUUUCAAGUUUGUUGCUCACCUCCAGCCACACUCAGAAGCAAAGAAUACAAAAUACGAGUGGUUUAUGCGCAAUCACAGUGUUGAUUCAAAUUUUCCAAAUCAUGAGAGUGAUUUCACAGUUGCUGGCAGUUUUCUAGCAUAUGUGGUUGCUAAGAACAAAGUCAGCAGAGUCAAAUCAAGGCCAGUUACCAUCAUUAUUGAAGAUCCCAUUUCAGAGAGAAAAGGUGUAUGAUGUUGAAGUGAUGGCUUACAACAAUGUUAGCUACCAAAAUGCUUCCCUGACCACUUUAGUAACCAAAGAUKAUUCUUGCCAACCUCCAACUGUACAGAUUCUUAGAUGGCAACAAACACUGGUAAAUAGGUUUGAAGAGGUGUAUUUUGAGAGUGAGGUGACUCUUGACUGCGAUUCCGCAAAUAAAGCUGUUGUUUACCAAUGGGAGAUUUAUGAGACCUCAAAUAUGAAGAAACUUAACAACAUUACAUCAUAUCUGAAUGAACCAACUCUAAUCAUUCCUUCUUUCACCUUGCCUUAUGGAAAGUAUGCUGUAAAGCUCAGGGUUCAUAAAGAAGGUACACCAGGUCUCUACUCCAAAGCUGUUGUGGAAAUAACUGUAGAAAAGAUGGGCUUGGUGGCAAAUAUUAAAGAAGGAUCUAUGAGAGUUGUUGGUUAUCAAAACAAGCAGAACGUUACUCUAGAUGGCAGUAGUUCAUUUGAUCCAGAUUACCCUGAAGAGAAAGACAAAUUGAGCUUUAAAUGGGCCUGUCAUUUACUAAGUGACAAUGAGACCAAGUGUUUCGAUCCAAGAUUCAGCCUCUCUUUAAAUAACUCGACCCUGACAUUUCCUGUACAAUGGCUACUACCAGGYGAGAGUGGCUUUUUUGUUGUCCUCACUGUCAGCAAACAUGGCCAAUUAAGCAAGACUGCAUGGCAAAUUAUUAGGAUGGUUGAUGCUGAACCUCAUUUAUUGACAGUCGAUUGCCCACAGUGUCAGCAAGGAUGGGUGAAUCCGAGUGAUCCACUAGUACUGCAAGGUUCCUGCCUAACAUGCCCUUGGAAUAAUAAAAAUCUCACUUUCCAAUGGAAUCUGUAUUUGAUAAGCAAUGACGGUGCCCCACUUCCAGACCCAAAAUGUGUGUCUACAGUAACAGAAUUUGUCAACAAACAGCGUAUGACAACUGCUGUCACUAAAAGACACACUGUGAAGCCACCAACAACAGGGUGGUAUCCUUCUAGAUACUUCACUGCAUUUUCAACUCUUCCUUUUACUGGAAGAAAACCCACCGCUAAUAAUUACAAGACUAGUCGUCCAGAUGAAGAGCUGGCCAAAAACCAGGGCUUCAAAGUAGAUAAGGGUGAAAUUUGUAGUGGUCCAAUUACCAUCGACCCUAAAGUGACACCAACAACAAGAUGCAAGUUUGUUCCUAGGAAUCCAUCUUAUGGUUUUGGGUUCAGCCAUCACCCAACCACAUCACCUGGGAUCUGGAUUUGCUCAACGACUACAGAACCAUUUGAUCGCUUUAAAACACACUCCCGUGGCUUCGGAUCAGGUACAGUUGCCUUUACCCGUCCUGCAGGAUCUGCGACGGGACAUCCACAUUCCCCUGUUCCUACCAUGAAAGGAUACCCAACAUCAAAGCCAGGCAUUACCAGUCCAAUGACACCAACAGCGCCCUCUGCUACUUCCUCCAUUGGAAUGUCUGAUAGUCUCUACAAACCGGACUUUGUUGUCCCCACUGCACAACAUAACCUUCAGAUACUCUCGAAACACCGAUUAGAGAUAUUAUUCCCUGAUUCCUGGUCAAAAACUGGGCGGAUGGAUCGAGAUUUUGUACUAUUACCAGGAAAACUUAAAGCAGAGUAUACCUACAUGCUAGCGUUGAAUGUCAAAGAUAAUUUCAAGACAAACCAAGAUCACAGGAGAGGAAUGGCUAAUGUGUUCUUUAAGGUUAAUAAGAACCCAAUUAUAGGAAGCUGUAGUAUUGGUCCAACGUCUGGGUAUGAAAUGGCAACCAUCUUUGGGAUUAAUUGUAAACGUGGAAUUGUUCAGGCUAAAUUAAGUUAUCAGGUUACUUGCAAGAUCCAGGGUGAUCAAGAAGAUGAAAGCAUGCUGCUAUACACAGGAUCUAACGAACACCCCACCUUUAGGUUACCGGCUGGAAAAAGAGAACACGGCUACAAAGUUUCUGUCCUUAUCUCAAUGUUUAAUUGCAAGCGAACCGCAGUGAAAGUCUGUCCUGUUGAUGUAAUUGUAAGGCCGUCCAAAUACAGUCCUUCAAAAGAUCUUUUGCAUCAGCAAUUCAGACUGGUGAGACUAUUGAAGCCAUUACUAGCGUUCAGAAUGAGGUUGAUGUAGAGGGACUUAAAAUURCAUCAGAAAUCCUGUCCAAAGUAGCUCGACACCUUAAAACCGCCAGGUCUAUAAAUAGAGUGGAUUACUACGAAAGACUAGUGUACCUUGUAACAAAGCUGUCUUCCAAUUUAUUAUCUGCUUCGUCCUACAUGUUUGCCAAUGACUCGAAAUCGACGCAAGUGCAGAAAUUGACUCAAAAAGUGAUCUUCCAAGCUCUGCAGCUCGUGAUUAAGACCAAAUUAAAUCAUCUAAUGUUGGGAGAAAAGCCUAUGAGACUUAUCCAUCCGUCCCUUGGUGUGCUCAUAUCAAAGUCACUCUCAGUACCACAGUCUAAAGUAGAACUACAGAACGUCAGCUUUCUUUUGCCAUCUAACAUGGUAAGACAUCUAGGAAUGAACAGCAACUCCUACUCGUCUGCUUGUCUGGGGACAAUCAUGGUGGUCUACGAGAAAAGCCCAUACAUUUGGAGUGAUAACCAAUCACUGCAUAAGAGCAAAGUUUCAAGUCUCGAUCUAACCUCGUGUCAUGGUGAUGUCAAAGCUGUCAAGAAUUUAAGUCAAGAAAUAGAAAUCGAUYUUCCGUGGGUAGAAUAUAAGGACAGCGAGCAAGAAAAUAAUUUCUCAGUAAAAUGGAAACAUCUAAACACUCAUACCAUUGUGAACGAAAUGAAAAACCAUUCACUGCAGCUGAAAAUAAGAACGCUUUCGGAGCUUACCAACAGCCUAAGGCUAAAAGUGUUUGUAAGCACCAGCGAAGGGGAAGAAAGUCUACAGAAUUCACAGAUUUUUAAAAGUACCGCAGGAGGAUCUGUUGAGUUCUUUUUCACGUCAAAACAGCUGAUUAAUUCUUCAGGAACAUUGCGUAUUGGAAUCAUUGUUGAAGACAGUGCUCAGAAUAGGAUAAAAAAGAUCAUGAAGGUUUCGCCUGUCAACUAUUCCUUCAGUAGCAAAUGGAUCGGUUGUUUUUACUGGGACAAACCGAGUGGCAACUGGUCGACUCAAGGCUGCAGUGCAACAGAAAAGACUUCGCAGUUCACCGUUAACUGCAGAUGUAAUCAUUUAACAYCAUUUGGUGCAGCAGCUUUCUUGGCUCCAAAUCAACUCAAACAAAUAGACUUAAGAAAGUUUAUAAGUGAAGAUAAUAUAGUUGCAACUUCAUUGGUUGUCUCCAUCGCAUUGUUAUACAUGUUCUUAAUGAUAUUUUGUGUGAGAGCUGACAGACAAGACAGACGUAAAGAGGGAGUGGUAGACUUGACGUAUGCACCAUGCAGGAAUCCACAUAAAUACAAAAUCAUUGUGGAAACAGGACAUUGGUUCGGGUGCGGUACCACUGCUGAUAUCAUGAUUCGUCUGCAUGGUGAAAACGCUACUUCUGAUGCCAUAGAACUGGUUGGGAAUGGGAAACCUGUAUUCCAACGGGGAUCAACGGAUGCCUUUCUCAUCAAGUCUCCCUGCGAUCUCAGUCCACUAUGGAAAGUCCAUGUAUGGCAUUAUAACCAAGGGGACAACCCAAGUUGGUAUCUGAACAGGGUGAUUGUGAAGGAUAUGACGACAAAGGAAAAAUGGUAUUUCGAUUGUUAUCGAUGGCUUGCUGUUGAUCAAGAAGAUGGCAAGAUUGAUGUUGAACUCAUGGCCAACUCUGGUUUAAAGGAAAACCGCCUACAGUAUUUUUAUCACAGUUGUAUUCAGUAUCUCGUGGAUUAUCAUCUAUGGUUAUCCGUCGCAGGCAAGCCUCCAAGAAGUCGCUUCUCUCGCGCACAGCGGUUGACGUGCUGCCUGUCACUGAUAAUGAGUACAUUGUGUGYGAGUGCUGCCUGGUACAAGACAGAUGAUAGUAAUACUAAGCCUCUUCAGUUACUUGGUUUCCUUGACAUCACCUGGAACACUGUGGUGUUAGGAAUAGUUUGCAGUCUCAUUGUCUUGCCAGUUAACCUCAUAUGGAUCUUUAUGUUCAGAUACGCUAAGCCCUCAGGCCAGAAACGCAGAGUGCACCCAUCACCAACAGAUGACCCCAUAACAGACACUACUUGCCUGCCGAUGAACUCUGCUACUCCUGAUGAAGAUAACCUAUCGCUCCUCGACCAAACCAUUGAAACACUUCUAUACUUAAAAAGUUUGGGAAACAAGAUGAGGUGGCAACCAUCUUACAUGAGUGAGCGGAGCUCUUUGGAUUCUUUCUUUGCCACAAACUCCUUAGAUGACGAAAUGUCAUCCAUUUCAGAUCCACCAAAUGAAGACCUGGGGGCUUCAAAAGAAGCACCCUGGCCCACUAAACCCAAGGUUGCUGAUAUUGAGUCUAACUACAAAGACCAGUCAUGUUCUACGUACAGCUCGGGAUCGUUUCCCCAAUCGGAGGUAAAAUAUGGUGCGAGGAAAAGCUUCCAUUUGUCGUUCUACUUUGUCUACCUUGGAUGGUUUGGUUGUUUUGCAACUAUUUUGUCUGGAGCAUUCUUCACCAUGUGGUAUGGAGUGAGUUUUGGCAGAGAUAAGUCCUAUCGUUGGCUUCAGUCCCUAUGCAUAUCUUUAGUGGAAUCGCUCUUCAUAUCUCAACCAAUCAUGGUGUUGGCGUUUCUCGUGUUCACACUCUUGUCAAUCUAUCGAACUGCAAACAAAAAGGAUGUUGUCAAUGAUGAAGAUCAAGAUGAAGGCUUCCAGGAGCUCCCUUCUUUCUACAAUAAUCUUGCCUUUGAUCGAACGCACRAUAAUUUAAAAGAAGCACUCAUGAUGAAACGCCACCAACGAUAUCUCAAAUUCCUGAAGCCACUAGAGAAAAGCGCUUUAUCAGACACUUAUGAGAAAAAGGACCGUGAACGAGCCAUAAACAGUUACUUCAGAGAACUCCUCUUAUCAAUAGCACUAUUACUUUUGGUUUGUCUACUUGUUGGUGGCCUCUACUGUGGCUGUGCUUUUGACAUCCAAAAUACCGUGCAGAAAACCAUAUUGGGGCGAGGGAACGAAGGAAACAACCUCUCCCACCGUACAGUGGAUCAGUGGUGGAAAGAUAAUCAUGACAGGAUUGUGGAAGUGUUGUACUGGAGACCCAUGGCGUGGAGCUCACUAAACACUACACCACCUGAAAUCUAUUUUCAAAACAGCCAGAGUGUGCUGGUUGGAAGAAUUCGUAUUCGUCAGUUCAAAGCAAUAGAACGUCAGAUGUGUGUUACAAAUACCUCAACUAGUCAGUUACCUGAAGGAAAUUCCUCUAUAAUGUGUUGGUGGACAGGUGCGUUUGAUCAAGGCAGAUGGAGGAGUAUCGAGUUGAGCAGAACAAAGUCAAAGGCGAUGGAAACAGUACGACAGCUAACAAGUAUGGGCUGGGUGUCUAGCCAUACACAACACAUAUCCAUUGAAUUUGUCAUUUUUUCGCCUUCACGGGACGUUUUCAGUACCGUUACAUGGGAGAUAACUGGUCAACUCUCCGGUGUCCCCAAGAUCAACAUCCAAGUCCAUACGUUUAGAGGCACACUUAAAGACACUACUCAUGAUGUUGUCUUGAAAGUCUGCAAGGUCCUUUUCGUUAUGACAUAUUUUUUAUAUCUGUAUCACGAGUUUUCUAUGUUGAUGGUGAUGAAGAAAAAGUUUUUCAAGUCUAUUGCGAAAUACCUGACUAUAUGCUGCUUGUUACUAUCGAGUCUGUCGGUUAUAGUUUAUAUCUACUGGUCUGUGUCGCUUUAUAAUCUGUUCCGUGAAAUGUUGACCAAAAUUCAUGAUGACGUUUACUCUGCUGGGACAGUUGUUUAUCGCAACCAGGAACUGUUAAUUGCAUUGUACUCACUUCUGAUAUUCAUGCUGGUUGCCAAGUUCGUUCAUCUGUUGACAGUGUUCAAAUUCGUGCAAAGAUUCUGCUAUCUUUUAUCGGCAACAUCUUCCCAACUUAUUGGUCUAAUGGUAAUUUUCGUCAUAUUCGUGCUAACGUUCUCACAUACCGGAUAUCUAAUCUUUGGACGUUUAAACUCAAACUUCAAGACAUUCAGAAGUUCCUUCAUCUAUACCAGUGGGUUGUUAAGACUUGUUGGUCAAGGUCAUUUCGUAGAUACGUUCUAUGUGGACAGGCCUGUUUUCAGCAUUCUCUACCUGGCAUUGUACAUUGGUGGCUUGUUCGUUGUUCUAAGAGGACUGAGUGUCUCCCUGUACAACGUGUCAUAUCAUUCCUCAAAAAGAAGACACUUUUCAACGCACGUAGUCAUUAAGUAUCUUCUAGAGUUAUAUAAUGGUUUAUGCAAGGCCAAAAGCAUUGAAGAUGAAUAUAUUGAGUCAGACGAGGAUGACUUAGAUGAUAUAGAUGACACUGACGGCAAACAAAUUAUACCUGUGGAGUAUGCAUGUGAUGAAGUUGAGUUCCAGAUGGAAGAACUGCUGUUUAAAUUAGACAAUCUUGCUGGCACUGGAGGGUUAAAAGCCAUUAAACUGGCAUACUCCUCAGAUAUUCUCUCUGGAGAUGAAGGCGACGAAGAAGUUGAAUACCUCUACCGUGCAGGGUUCCCAGUAACCGACAAUGAAUUUUGUGGCAGCGGAUAUGAAAGUGACCAGAGCUUCUUCUCGUUGGGUUCUGCCAACCUUGAAGGCUUGACUGACCUUGAAAAAGAAAGAAAGAUUUCUAAAGAUAGCUCUACCGUAACAAUCUCGGAGACCAGUUCUGUUAAACAGCAACGCAACUUCGACAAGUCGGAUUCACCACAGAUGAAAUUGGCAGCACUUCAGAAAUCCAAGCUGACACCAAAACAGCUGUACAGAAGAAACAGCGACAACAGUGCGAUGUAUUCGACAGACUUGAAAGUCGAGUCUAGGGUUCUGCAGUCUUCUUCUGGGACUUCAAUGAGCAGUCGGCGGCCAAGCCUAACAAAAGAGUUUGUGAAGCCAAAACAUAUGUACCCAUUGACUAGAAAGCCUAAAAUCCGAAAUGGGCAGAUGUUACUUCCCGAAGCUGCACUAGAAUGCGAGGUACCUGAUAGCUCUAAGGCUAAUGUAGACGAUUCGACCACUUCUGAAGAUAAUGAGGAUAGAAAAUCAGCUAAAGCGAAAAGCAAGUCGUCCAAAAAAUACAGCUAUCGAAGAGCAUUAAGUUUGUUACCGAAGACUUCUGUGGCACCCAUGAGUAACGAUACUGAUCCACCUGAAAAGCGCCAUCUCGAAGCAUUAAGAAGGGAAUCUAGCCUGCCUUCACAAAGUACUUCUUAUAAUCGACGGUCAAGCUCUUCCAGUGAUGACACCCCAAGGUAUGAUACAAGCCGUCUUAGAAAUGCCUUCAUGUUCGAUGAGAAUCAACGUAUUGAUAAGCCAGAUUUAAUUCACUCGUUCACAGAAGAUAUCCCACCCCUGUCACCGUCUGAACCAGGAUUCGGUGUCCAUUCACAAGAUUUUUUCGAAGCUGAGGACAAUCUUGGGUUCCAAAUGGACUCCGAAACUUCUCCUCCUGGGUUGAUACAAAAUAUCUGCAUGAAUGCAGAAAUAGGGACCAGUAUUGUGUCCAUCGAGGGGGAAGAUGGGAGACCGAAGCCAAUAAUACGUUCUAGCACCACAAAGGAAAAGUGUGUCAUGGAUCCUGAGCCACCUAUGGAUUUGAAAUGCAAACAUAUUAAACCAUAAAACCGCAUCUUGGAGUCAAAGUACAGAAUACAGUACGUGUACUUACGUACGUACUUGUUCUGUCUGUUCUCUCGCCACUUAGCAUAAAUACGAAGGAACGCCGUGACUAAAGAAAGUAACAGUGCCUACAUUUAACAUCGGUAUGCGCUCUAACAGCCAUGCCGCCCAAAAUUCUGAUUUGAAACCUACAUGAGACGUGGGUGGUCUUGAUGAUAUAAUAUUAAUAUAAGUAUCCGUUCUUAGUAUUUAACGAUUAUCAUAUAUUAAUAGAGUAUUCGUCUUCAUACCUAAAACAUGCGGAAAAAGCGAACAUUUUAGCGUGAAGCAGCUAAAAUACAGUACAUGUAUGGAGGCAUUAUGUUCAAACAUUAUUACGCUUUAUUAUCAUAAUUAUUAUUGUUAUUGGUAACCAAGUUCAUUUGAUUUCGCAAAACAAUUGGAAAUAGGUAGCGCAACCUUAUAUAACCAUUGCUUGAGUGACUAGCCUACUGACCGGCGAAGCAAGUGACUAACUGGAUAAUAGCAGGAUAAUAGAAAGAAAUAUAAAUAUACAUAAAAAAGACAAAAAUUUCGGUAAAACUUUCAGUUUACAAAAUUGCCAGAUAUUACUAUCGCGACUGUUUUCUCAAUCAGCGCGUAGCAAUGAAAAGAGUGGUAGAAUGGGAAGGCAUUCCAUUGCACAAACUAAAUAAAGCUUUAUAUAAAGAA